AAACCCCACCCCCCGAUGGACGCCAUUUUGCGCCGCCAGCAGCCAGACGUAACUGCCCUUGCAUCUGGUCACGUGACACAGAGCUGCUCUGAUCACGUGAUGGGAAAGAUGGCGGCCCCCAGGGCGGCUUCCGGGCCUGGCCAAUCAGGAAGUGGGAGCUGCCGGCGGCUGCGCAGAGGGGUUUGGAGCGGGGGUCUGGCGAGGAGGAUGCAGUCGAGCCAGGCUACAGCGCUGCUCACACUCUGCCUGUGGGCGCUUUGUCAUCCAGCGUUGGGAACUGAGGGCAAGAGAAAGCUGCAGAUUGGCGUCAAGAAGCGGGUGGAGAACUGUCCCAUCAAAUCCCGCAAGGGAGAUGUGCUGCACAUGCAUUACACCGGCAAGCUAGAAGAUGGGACCGAGUUUGACAGCAGCAUCCCACGUGACCAGCCCUUCAUCUUCUCGCUGGGGACGGGCCAAGUCAUCAAAGGCUGGGACCAAGGCCUGCUUGGGAUGUGCGAGGGUGAGAAGAGGAAACUGGUGAUUCCCUCCGAGCUGGGCUACGGGGACCGAGGGGCUCCACCCAAGAUCCCAGGUGGCGCAACACUGAUCUUCGAGGUGGAGCUGCUGAAGAUUGAGCGGCGACCGGAGCUGUAGGCAGGCAGCAUUGGCUGUGGGUGGGUGGAUGGAGGUCUGGGGGUCCUCGGCUUGGUGGGGAAAGGGUUGUGUGUGACCAUCCGCACACGGGGGGG